ACAAAAAUACAUAGCAAGAUCCAUUGUUGUACGCGUACUGGAGGAGACAAUAUUGCAUUAUAUGCUUACCUAUAAUUUCUCUUAAACUUUGCUUGGUGGAGGAAGACUCCACGGUCCACUCUUGAUACACACACCCCCACACAAUUAAUAUCUUCUGUCAGAUGCUAUGCAAUUCGAAUUGUCCCCGCCGGCCGGAGCCUGUCUAGCUUCCUCUUGAUACCAGAGAGCAGCUGGUUGUAUCAGUACUCAAUAAUAAAAAUGAAGAAGAGGAAGAGCAUUAACAGUAGUACCCCCCAUGGCCGCCGCUUAGAAGUUUUCUCAUCUGCUAUCUCCCUGUGUCUCUGUCUCAUGGGGAUCUACUACUUGGUUCCAGCAGACACUAUAAGAAUGGCCAUGGCGCAGAAUUCUACUAAUUCAACAAUAAGUCCUGCAGCUGCAGAGAUAGACGUGGGAGUGGUUCUUGACCUUAACACCCCCGUAGGGCAGAUGGGGCUGACCUCCAUCUCCAUGGCUCUCUCUGACUUCUACGCCUCCCACUCUUCCUACAAGACUAGGCUCCGUCUUCACAUCAGGGAUUCCAAGAACGAUGUUGUUGCUGCUGCUGCCUCUGCUCUAGAUCUUAUUAAAAAUGUGCAAGUUCAAGCCAUCAUAGGGCCAUCAACUUCCAUGGAAGCUGUUUUUAUGACUGAUCUUGGAGACAAAGCUCAAGUGCCCAUUAUUUCAUUCUUGGCGACAAGCUCAUUUCUUUCUUCCACUAAGAAUCCAUACUUUAUCCGAGCCACACAGAAUGAUUCAUCUCAAGUGAAGGCCAUAAGUGCAAUUGUUAAAACCUUCGGAUGGCGAGAAGCUGUGCCCAUUUACGUUGACAGUGAUUUUGGGCACGGCAUAAUACCUUAUCUGACCGAUGCUUUGCAGGAGAUUGACACCCGUGUUCCCUACCGGAGUGUCAUUUCUUCAUCAGCCACAGAUGAUCAAAUUGCAAAAGAGCUAUGGAAGUUGAUGUCCAUGCAAACCAGAGUGUUCAUUGUGCACAUGUCAUCUUCCCUGUGUUCUCGAUUCUUUUCUAAAGUGAAAGAAGUUGGAAUGAUGAGCGAAGGCUAUGUUUGGAUCAUGACUACUGGACUAACAAAUCACUUGAGCUCCCUCAAUCCUUCUGUCAUAGAUUCUUCAAUGCAAGGAGUCUUGGGCGUACAGACAUACAUUCCAAAAACAAAGGAAUAUGAAAGUUUCCGCAUUCGGUGGAAAACAAAGUUCCAACAAGACAAUCCAAAUGUUACUGAUGCCCAGCUGAACGUUUAUGUGCUAUGGGCUUAUGAUGCCGCUUCUGCUCUAGCCCGGGCAGUUGAGGAAGUGGGAGCUGCAAACUAUAGCUUCCAAAUGCUGAACAUGUCAGGAAAUUUAACAGAUCUUGAUACUUUUGGAAUCUCUCAAACUGGUCCAAAGCUUCUCCAGGCAAUAUUGAAUACUAAAUUCAAAGGCUUGAGUGGCAGUUUCAAGUUUGUUGAUGGCCAGCUACAGUCAUCUGUUUACCAGAUAGUUAAUGUGGUUGGCAGUAGUGCACGAAGGAUUAGUUUUUGGACAGUUAAAAAUGGAAUUGCAAGAGAAUUGAAUUCCACAAGCACAAACCUGUACUCUACUCCUGCAUCAAAUCGCUGGGCAAUAAUAUGGCCAGGAGAAUCUACUUCACCUCCAAAGGGUUGGGUCAUUCCAACAAAUGGAAAGAGGCUGAGAAUUGGUGUUCCAGUGAAGGAUGGUUUCAAUGAAUUUGUGAAGGUAACAAAAGAUCCUAGCACCAAUGUGCCAAAUGUUACAGGUUACUGCAUCGAUGUAUUCAAUGCUGUAAUGGACUCGUUGCCAUACUCGGUUCGUUAUGAUUUCAUUCCCUACGCAAAGCCCGAUGGUCAGCCAGCUGGUUCUUACAAUGAUUUGAUCUAUCAAGUAUAUAUUCAGAAAUUUGAUGCUGUUGUGGGAGAUACGACUAUUAUUGCAAGCAGGACCAAAUAUGUAGAUUUUACACUUCCAUACACAGAGUCUGGUGUCACAAUGAUUGUACCAAUCAUAGACAACAGGAGUAAAAAUGCAUGGGUUUUCUUGAAGCCUCUAACUCUGGAACUUUGGAUGACAAGUUUCUUUUUCUUCAUCUUCAUUGGCUCUGUGAUUUGGGUUCUUGAACACCGAAUAAAUGAAGAUUUUAGGGGGCCUCCUUCAAAUCAAGCAGGCGUGGUCUUCUGGUUCUCAUUCUCAACCAUGGUGUUUGCACACAAGGAGAAAGUGGUCAGCAACUUGGCUAGGUUUGUGGUGAUUGUAUGGGUUUUCGUCGUGCUUACACUGACACAGAGUUACACAGCCAGUUUAACUUCAAUGUUAACAGUUCAACAGCUGCAGCCAACAGUAACAGACAUUAAUUAUCUUAUUAAGAAAGGGGAAUAUGUGGGUUACCAACGGGGUUCGUUUAUAGUGGGACUCUUAAGACGAAUGAACUUCGAUGAAUCCAAGCUUCGUGUCUAUGACACUCUGGAGGGAUUAGAUGAAGCUCUUUCUAAAGGGAGUGCAAAUGGUGGUAUUGCUGCAGCCUUUGAUGAGAUCCCUUUCAUGAAGCUUUUUCUGGCAAAAUACUGCUCAAAGUACACAAUGGUCCAACCAACAUAUAAGACAGAUGGUUUUGGCUUUGUCUUCCCUCGGGGUUCCCCACUGGUGUCUGAUGUUUCAAGAGCAGUAUUAGAUGUGACCGAAGGGGAUUUAAUGGUAAAAAUUGAGGCUGCAUAUUUCGGGCAAGCAAGUUGUCCAGGCAGUAGCACCUCUGUUUCUUCAAACAAUCUCGGUCUUGACAGCUUUUGGGGCCUAUUUCUCAUUGCUGGAACAACUUCAUCCUUUGCUCUAAUCAUCUUCACUUCUAUGUUCCUUUAUGACAAUAGGGAUAUCUUCAAGCUGUCUGAUCCCGAAGCUUCGAUAAGGAGUAGAAUUGUGGAAAUGGCUCGACGUUUCGACUGCAGAGACCUCACCUCCCACAUUUUCAGAAAAAGUGAGUUGCACGAUGGAAUUGGUGGCGCCCAUGUUGCAGAUGGUUUGGGUACAGUUGAAGCCGCCUCACCAAGGACAAACUACCCUCCUAGUCCCUCGAGCUUUUCAAACCACAGUGACCUGAACUUCCCUUUCAGAGAACAGGGAACACCCUCUGCAGGGUAUGGCACCCCAAGUCAGAAUAGCCAGGCAUCUCAAGAGAUUGUACCGACAAUUGAGCUAUCUGACCUAAAUCAAGAGAGGCAGGGAGCUUCUGAGACUGAGCAUGAAAGCAACUGAUACUGAUUUUCUUGUUCCUUUGAAGACAAUGUCCCCAUCACACAUUUGCAGAAUUUCUUCUCUUUUUCAAACCAA